AUUUGCUAAUCAAAAUUCAGGAAGAGGGUUUAAAUUGCUUAAUUGGUGGAAAAUAACGAUUUGCAGUCAUUUAAAUAUUUAAUUGUAUUUACGAGUUGAGUUCAUAUCCCCACCGAUAACAGAUAACAGAUAUUGCGAACAACAACAAUGCUUUGUCCUCAAUAUCUAUUAAAAGACGUACUUAAACCGCAUAUUAAAUCAAGCACUGCAUUGACUGAAUAUCGACCCCGUUUUCAUUUCUAUUUUUAUCUCUGCGAGAGAAAUUACCGUAUGAAAGUGAAAUGCGAGUUGUGCAGUGAUUGUUGCUUUGAAUGCAGAAAUACACAAAUGGAGCUCUUAUCGGCCUGGUUAUCCUUCGUGUUUUGCAUGAAUUUAGUGGGAUGGGUGGUCUUCCUAAUGGUUGCUACAUUUUGGAUCUAUCCCUUUUUUGUGCUAUCGAGCUGGAUGAAUACUAAGCGCCCGAAUAGAGAAAAUAAUGGACUUCUCUACAUUAAUGGGGAAUGUCAAUUUGUAAAGUGAUGCAGACACGAGGAGAACUAUUUCGUAUACAAAUAGUACCGAAAUUCAAGAAAUGGAAGACUUCAAACCGUCUAAUUACGCAUAAACUUAAAUUCUCUAUUCCAUGACAAUUGUAUUACAAAAUACCUGUAAAAUUUAAGACCGCAGCACCACACAACUUGCCUUGUACUAUUUCUACAUACUUAAUUUAUAUCUGUACUACCAACUCUGACUUGACUAAUGGGUAGCCUAACCAGUUAAAAAAUAUCUGUAUUAACUAAUUUAGUAGUUUUGAUACACAAGUUUAUCAUUGAGCAAUAUAUUUAUGUAUGCAAAUCAAGAUAUUUUAUAUCUAAAAACAUUAUUGUAAUUACUAUUAAAUAUUUAGAUAGGUUUUCUGUACCUGGAAAAUUAGACAAAGUUUGACAAACAUUUAUAAAUAUGUCACGUUCUCUGAGCGUGUUAAAUUGAUAACUUGUUGGUGCUUAUAAAGCUAGCAAUUUUAAUAACAGUAUAUACUUAUAUCAAUCUAUUAAAUUUUGGCUAUUGUAAUACCUAAACAUUUUUUUUUGUGCACAAAAGAAUUAUCAAAAGACUGCAUACAAUACAGGACUCAACUAUUGAAACUAAACAAGAAGCAUUCAUCUUCAAUUUGCAAAGGCCAGUCAUGCAAAGAAGUUUUAACAAUAAAUAUUUAAUUUAUUGAACUUUAUCCUCCCUGCAUGUGUCAUUUGUAACUCUGUUGUAAAUUUUAGAACUUACAACUAGUUAUGUCAUCAAUUUGACUUCAAUUAUUGGCACCGAUUAUGUACCAAGUGACGUUCAUCAUAUCAUUUACAAGCACAGAUGGAGAACAAAUCAACGAGUUGACAUUAUUUGGGACGCAGCCCCGUUGCCAUCUACAUAUUCAACAAGCAUAAGAUUUCAUGGUCCCCUCAAACCUUCGCAAAUUGGAAGAUUAAGAUCCCUUCAUGGCUCUAUCAUCUUAUUGCAUGAGCCAUUUCCAAACGGUCCAGAGCUUACCAGAGCUCUAAACACUUACCAUGGAUUUGUGGAAACCACAAUAUUCAUCAUUCUUCUCCCACUAGGAACAAAACCUAGAUUAGAAUCCUACAUGAAAUUCACCCUUUUCAAUGCACAAAUCCAUUUUGUAUUUUCCUACCAUCAAUCUUCACACCACUUUUUCGUUUGUAAUUAUUGUUCCCUAGGUAAAAUAUUAAAUCCAUACUUACUGGAGCCAUAUCCUACCCAAAAACAUCACUCUUUUUCCCAACACUGGCAUAAACAUCAAGACAAAUUCACUCGAAUUUUAGCCUCCGUUGAAGCUCACCAGGAAAUAUGUGACCACGGAGUACAAUGUGACCCAUCAUAUAGAUUCAUAGCAACGGCACAAAUUCGUUUUAAUUUCAGUUUAAGUUUUCAUCCCUAUGAUUUCGAUUUGGGGUGGGUUGACGACCUAAGGAAUCCCCAUGCACUGGCCGUCACAGGAGAAUCCUAUGGUGAAGAAUUGCGACGUCGGAGUAUAAAUUCAGUCCCAUAUAUUCGAGAUACAGAACAGUACUACAUACUUUACUGCGAGAAUGGUUGGGUUAUCGUGGAAUCUUCUUAUUCGCAUUGGACCUCACCGUUCGAUGGGUUCGUGUGGAGUAUGACGUUCGGUUUCGCGAUCUUAAUUACACUUACUAAUUGCAAAUGCAAAUUUUUUAACUUCCUGGACAGCCUCAUUGUAACGGUCGCACUCAUCUUUCGCCAGUCGGUUGGGCGGCAUGGAAACGUUUUGAUGCUGAGUGCCAUCGCAGCGAUAAGUUUCCUCGUCUUGACAUUGGAAUAUGAGAGCGUCCUCACUUCUGAAAUUACGAUCCCACCACCACCAAAAAUUGCGAAAAAUUUGCGAGAGUUAAUUUCGGAUGAUAAAUUUAAAAUGUUUUUUCCCGUCGAUGAAAUCAGUCAUAUGGAAGGAUAUGACCUGCACGAAUUUCAGAACGGGUUUGAAAAGUAUAAUUUGAGUAAGGUGUUUUGGAAGAGUUUUCAGGGCUACGACUACCGUGGCGCAUCGAAAACAGGUGGGUUAGCCAAUCGAACAAAUCGUAUGGGAACUGACGUGAGAGAAAAUCACGUGGAAACUGCAGUAUUAGAAAUUGGCUUGGAAGUAUUUCAUAAUCAACGUUUUUGCCAUGUGACAAAGGAACCUUUUUUCCAAAGGAUUUACACUUCUCGAGUUAAAGGACAUGGAACAGAAAGGUUGAUUUCGCAUUUUAUUAAUUUGAGGGAGAAUGGACUUGAGGGGUUGUGGUACAGAACUUCCCUUUGGUGGGACACAUUUAGAAGUAGGACGAGAAUCAUGAGUCAUAAAAAUGCUGACAAAGUUCUUGCAAUUUACUCCAAGACACAACAUUUCAGUGGUGAAGAUGCUGUCAAUCUGUCGGAAAAAACUGUCCAGUUAUUCGUCAUUUGUGGGUAUUGCGUUUGUCUUUCACUGGUUUGCUUAGUGGUUGAGCUAUCUACAUGGAAAAUUGUUGGUAUUGAUUGCAAUGUGAAUAAAGUGCAGUUUUAUUUACGAUAA